GUUAAUCGACAGAGUAGAUGUAUAGUUUAUAGUUAAUAUUAAAAUUGAACGCGGUAGUUAUAUUAUGUAGAGAUGACUUAUAAACAUUUGAUUUUGUGUAUUUUAAUUGUUUUAUCUUUGUAUGAAAUAAGUGGGAUGAGAAAUACUGCCCUGCCGACGACCAUUUUAAAUGAAGAUAAUGAAUUACCGACAACGUCUAGUGGAAAUGAUGUUAUAGAUACAUCUGAAACGGGGUCUGGUUCUUCCAACACUGUUUAUUCAACACAUACACCUUACAUUGAUGAAGAUAUAAUAGAAGAACACUUCAGAACACCCCAAACAUCAACGAACCUUGGUGCUCUGUUACCCACAUCAGCAAGUAGGAUUACCAAUUCUACGACAUCUACACUCGAUACUUCAAUCUCAGAGGAUCUUCAGCAAUCUGACUUGAUUGAUACCAAACCAACCAGUCCAUCAACGACAUAUGAAGAUACAUUAGAAGAACACUUCAGAACACCCCAAACAUCAACGAACCGUGGUGCACUGUUGCCCACAUCAGCAAGUAGGAUUACCAAUUCUCCGACAUCUACACUCGAUACUUCAACCUCAGAGGAUCUCCAGCAAUCUGACUUGAUUGAUACCAGCCCAACCAGCCCAUCAAAGACAUAUUCUACAAUAGACGGAGAAGUUACCAGAAAUCGAAUAUUGACUUCUGAAAAUGCAUUCAUCUCUAAUACCCUUUUAGCGUCCUCAUCGACACCGUCCAGUAGUUUGAGUUCAACACCAUCGACCCCCGUUGGUAGUUUUAACAAAAAGGAUUUACAACCAGCAAUUAAAAACAUAACGGGUAGCUUCAUCAACGACUCUUGUUUUUGUUUAAAAUGGAAACUGGUCAAUAAUGUUGAUUAUUUUCGUGUAAAUAUAUCUGGGGUAGUAAAGAAUGUUACAAGCCACAAAGGUGAUACAUAUAAUACAACCGUGUGUGGAAAGGGUGUAAGACAGGGCAAAAAAAUGAGAGUGAAAUUAGUAGGAGUCAGAGGAGAAAAUGAUUUAUUCGAAGAAAAAGACGCAAUUUUAACAAAUCCGCCAUCAUCCAAGAACUUGGAAUAUAUACCAGAAAAUAACAAGUUAAACUGGCAAGAAGGAAUUGGUAAAACAGAUGAAUAUGAGAUCCAGAUCAAGUCGACUAAAUUUAACAUCAACACUACGACUGAAUCAACGACCUAUGUCUUAAAUUCAACUUUAGCUUUGCCAGGAGAUCACUUCAAUGUUAAUGUCACUGCUGUUAGAUUUUACAAAGGAAGAAAACAGAUAAUGAAAAGUGGGCCAUUAAGUUUUGAAUUUACCAAGAAACCUGACCCACCACAGAAUAUAAGCCUUAGAGUAAGUAAUAUAACAUGUAUUCAAGUAUCCUGGUCCUCUGGAUUUGGUUAUAGAGAUGGCUAUUCAUUGUCUUUAAAUAACAAUCCUACGUAUACCAUAUCUGUAGAUAGAACUAAUAACCAAGAAACAUUUAACAAGACUUUUUGUCAACUGAAACCAUGUCAAGAUUACCAAAUCCAAAUACAGACGAUCAGUAAUACUAUUACAAGUACACAUGGAUGGCCAAAUACAAUUCAGACAGAUCCACUGGAAUGUUCUAUAAGUAUCAAGAAUAUAACAGAAAGCAGUUUAAUAGUUGAAUGUAGUAAUUUGUUGAACGUGGAUAAUGUUACCUACAUAAGACAUAUAGGGACUGUUGAUAACAGUAGUACCACCAGUAGUACCACCAGUGUACAAGAGAUUACAGGAUUACAGCCCGCUACAGAUUAUACUUUAACUGUACAAACAGAGUUUAAUGGUUGUAAUACAACUAACACGACUUCUUUUACAACAUUGGAUGGCAAAUCAAGUGGUGUUCAAAACCUUACACUGACUUCAGAUGGUACAAAUUUAUCUGUUACUUGGACACCACCUGAAACACCUAAUGGAAAUAUAACAUCAUAUACCAUUACACUUGUUGAUCUAGACAGUAAAGAUACCAUAGUCAACAAAACUCAAACUGAUAUUAUAUUCGAUUACACAGUUGUUUAUGGAUCACAAUAUAAGAUUAGAGUAGUUCCUGUAAAUGGUGCUGGUUUGGGGGAGGCAACUGAAGAAGGAAUAACUAUUCCCGAAGGAAUAUCCAGUAGUGUUGCUAAUUUAAAGUUGACACUUAAUGACACAAAACUAUGGGUGAAAUGGAGUGCACCAGAAAGACCUAAUGGAAAUAUAACAUCUUAUAAUAUUAUACUUGUUAAUCUGGACAGUAAUACCACUAUAAUCCGUAUAACUACAAAUUAUUGGAUAGAAUAUGAAGUAUCAUAUGGAUCACAAUAUAAGGUUACAGUAGUUCCUGUAAAUGGUGCUGGUUUGGGGGAGGCAACUGAAGAAGGAAUAACUAUUCCCGAAGGAAUAUCCAGUAGUGUUACUAAUUUAAAGUUGACACUUAAUGACACAAAACUAUGGGUGAAAUGGAGUGCACCAGAAAGACCUAAUGGAAAUAUAACAUCUUAUAAUAUUAUACUUGUUAAUCUGGACAGUAAUACCACUAUAACCAAUAUAACUAUGAAUCAUUGGAUAGAAUAUGAAGUAUCAUAUGGGAAUUGCUAUAAUGUAAGUGUUAUACCUAUAAAUGGUGCUGGACCUGGGGAACUAAGUUAUGAAACUAUUACUAUUCAAAGUGAAGAACCAAGCCCUGUAAGAGAACUGCAAGCCUUGGAUGUAACAUCUAGUUCUUUAAAUAUCAGUUGGAGACGGCCGAACAUAUCAAAUGGAAUCAUCAAUAAAUACAGCAUAUCUGUCGAUGAUGAUCAAAAACGUGAAUUUACAAGACACCUGGAAUGUGUUGAUUGUCAAUCAACAUGUAAUACAGACAAGAAGAGUGUACCGGAUCAAAGAAAUUUCUUUCGAAAUCAAGAAACAUUCAACAUAUUGUUUACUGACCUCAAGCCAUACACAAACUAUACUAUAGUAGUUCAAGCCUAUGCAUUAUCUGGAUAUAGUGAAACAAAAGAAGCCGUAUUUGAAACAAGUGAAGAUGUUCCGCAUAGUGUAGAAGAUGUCCAGGUAAUCGAUGUAACAUCAACAAGUUUUACAGUAAAAUGGAGUAAACCAGAUGAAUACAGAGGAAAUACAAGGUACACAGUUAUUGUAACAGAUCUGGUGUCUAACGAUAUUACAACUAACGACUGUGGAUAUAAAGUUACUGAAUGUCUCAUUGAUGGUUUAGAUGCAUACAGGUCAUACAGGUUUAUUGUCAAUGCUACCAACCAGGCUGGGUAUAGCAAAACCGAACCUUUGAAUACUACGACGAAAGAGGAUAAUCCUAGUAGUAUAAAAAAUGUAACUGUAACUACGGUAACAUCAACUAGUGUUACAUUAAGAUGGAGUAAACCAGAACAAUACCAAGGAAAUACAAGUUACUCAGUUAGAGUGCAAGAUUCCAUUUCCAGGAAAACUUCAGUCAAGGAAUGUGGUUAUCAAGUUACCAGAUGUGAGGUACAAGGUUUACAUCCUUAUCGGAGUUAUGAACUAACUGUUAUUGGAGCCAAUACAAUAGGGAAUACCCAAGGAAGUCCACGAUUAAUUCAGACCAAAGAAGCCAAACCGGGACCAGUGGAGAGUUUUACAGUUUGGGCAGAAAAUGAUAGAUUCAAACCAAGGACUAUUGUAUUAAACUGGAAACCACCAACUCAAAAAAAUGGUGUUAUUCUGAAUUAUGAAAUACACUACAAGGCGAAACAACUGUUUAAUGUUGGAGUUGGAAGACCUGAUCAUUUGAAAGUAUCUGAAGAUUCUCGCACAAGGACCAUUUUAGUUUCACCUGAACAGAAAUAUAUAGUACAAAUUGCAGCUGUAAAUGGUGCUGGUUAUGGACAAAAAACAGAGCGGAUUAUAAAGGUUCCUGCAGGAGUAUUGCCAAAACCAAAAGAAAGAACUCCAAUGACAAGACAAAGUACAAAACAUCCAGUAUCGGACCGUAAACGACAAAUUGCUAUAGAAUUACCUAUGAUGUUUCUAUGUGAUAACACAUAUGGUGAGAUAAAACACACCGGUAUAUUGGCUACAAAAACUAUUGCCAUUAAAAGAGCUCCAAUGGAAGGUGAUGACAUUGGAAUCCAUCCAAAAUGGAGUCAAACUUCAGUCAGCAUUUUAACGUACAGAGUUACUGGUGAAAGCUGGAAACCUGACUGUCAAUCUGGUCUCACAAAGACAGAUUUUGUGGUAGGUAACGAUAGAAACUGUGAAAACAAUCACCACCUACAUUGUAAUGGUUACCUGAGACCUAACACGAAAUAUAGGUUUAAAGUAUUUGUUUGUACUGAGGCUGGAUGUACUUACUUAGAUUAUUCGUUACCUAUAUCAACAGAUGCGGAAGAAAGUUCAAACUUGUUAACAAUAUGUAUUGGGGUAGCUUUGUUACUGAUUAUAAUAGGUAUAGCAGGAUUUAUACUAUAUCGUAUAAGAAACAGACAUACUUGCCGCUUCGUCAAAAGACUGGAACCGGAACAUACUGUGACUGGAACUGUUGAACUUUCUGUGGAAGCUAAUCGUAACAGGCCAAUAAAGUUAUGUAAUUUUGAACAUCAUAUUGCUAGACUACAUCAAGAUUCUAAUAUAGGAUUUUCAGAAGAAUAUAAGGUUAUUAAACGUCUGAGUCCUAAAUACAGCACUAAAGCAGCGGAACGUGAAUCCUGUCGAAUUAAAAACAGAUAUACUAAUGUAUUGCCGUUUGAUCACACUAGAGUUAAACUUCUACCAGUUGAUGAUGAUGAAGGUUCAGAAUACAUUAAUGCAAAUUAUCUGGCUGGUUAUAAUAGUAAAAGAGAAUAUAUAGCAGCUCAAGGCCCACUACCAGCUACACUAGAUGAUUUUUGGAGAAUGAUCUGGGAACAUCAUAUUUCUGUUGCUGUUAUGUUAACACAAUGUAAAGAAAAAAACACUACUAAAUGUGAAAGAUAUUGGCCAGAGACUAAUGAACCAAUUUAUUUUGGAGAUUUGAUUGUGAGAAUGAGAUCAGAGUCUGUAUUACCAGAUUAUGUCAUUCGUAUAAUAGAUGUUCAGCUGGGCAUUAAGAAACGAACUGUAAAACAAUUCCACUUCUUGAAAUGGCCAGACUUUGGUUGUCCUGAAAAGACAUGGCUUCUUUUAAAUUUUGUUACUGCAGUGCGGGCACAUAUUCCAAAUACUCCUAAUGGACCAAUGUUGGUUCAUUGCAGUGCUGGAGUAGGUAGAACAGGAACAUUUGUGGCUGUAGAUGUUUUGUUACAAAAGAUUCGUGAUUCAGAUGAAGUAGAUAUAUUUGAUCUGGUGUUAGAAAUGAGAGAAAAUAGACCACUUAUGGUGCAAACUGAGAACCAGUAUGUGUACAUACAUGACUGUAUACGAGAUGCUUUAAUGGAUGACACAGAAGAUGAAGAAUCUCUCAACGAAAAUAUAUAUGAGAAUGAUGUGAUCUAUGAAAACACAUGAAGAAAGUUAUUAUUUGUUUUUAGAGCAAUUGGUAAACAUUCCAAUUCCAAAUGUAAAACAGAACCAGCUUCUUUUGAGCUUUGAAAAUAUAACCCACAUCAUACAUCAAUGUAUUAAAAUAUCAUUAUUUUUUCAUAUAUAUACACAGACAUCUUUACUUUUGAUUUGUUGGUUUUGUUAUUAUUUAUAAUAUAUCUUUACAUACAUUGUUGAAUUUAAUACUGAACAAUGUUGAACCUCUCUGAAAAGAUCUGUGUGUUCCUUAAGGGGAUAAAUUGAUACAGGUGAACACAAACUGUAUGAUUAGCUAGGUAUCACUGAUAUAGUAUGUGCUUCCAUUCCAGAAACCCCCAUACACAUGAUUUUGUGUUACCCAUUUUGAUUUAUUAUGUACAGUAUCUGUAUUGUCUGUUGUGUAUGUCUGAAAAUGAAAACAGUAAAUAAAAUGUAAAUCGUAUCUAUGAAUCCCACAGUGUGAAGCCUGUACUAAGUAUAAUUGUCCUCCGCCAGCCUUUCAUGAAAGCAGGGGGGUAUUAAAAUGGGUUUGUCUGCCACUCUGCUUUUAAUUGAAGUAGAACAUUCAAACUUGGUAUAAUUGUUAUAAGUAUUUUCUACUAUGUCUAAGGACAGGUAAUCAAUUGAUUUUUUGAUGCUUUUCAACAUGAUAACUUUAAGGAUAGUUUGACUAUGUUCUAAAAUGAGUAUUCCCUGAUCAAGUGAUUGGCCUAGAAAUGAUAAAACAAUAACUGAACAAGUAAUUAAUGUUAACUUUGUCAUCAAUAUAUUUUUGGGAUAUUAAGGACAUUAGCCCUACUGUUGUUGUUAUAUAUAAAUAAAUUGCUUGUAUUUUAUUCUGUUGGCUUGUUUUUGUUAUAUAUCAAUAAAUUGCUUGUUUACUAUUCCAUUCUAUUGGUUUGCAUAGCUUGAAGUGGAAUGCCUUAAAGUGUAUUUAAUUAAUUUGAUAUAAAUAUUUAACGUGGAUUGGUAAAAACACUGGUGAUAUUUUAGGAUAAUUUACACAUCACAGAGUAGAUAUAAUGUGGUGGAUAUUAUUUAAACUUCGGCAGAUAUUUUCUGCUCAGGUUAAGCAGUGUAAUAAACAGUAUAUGAAUUACUUGAUUCUUUAUGAAAUAUAACUAUGCAAGUAAUUAAAGAUCCAUUAUGGGAGACUGGAUAAAGAACUGGCAGUUCUCACUAUAAUAGUUAAAAACUAGAUAAUGUAAAGGGAAUUUGUUGAAAAUUUCAGUCAAAUUGAUCCACUCUGAACCAAGAUGUUAGCGAUUGAAUUUUCGGCCUAGCCUCGAUCAUCAUUACUAAAGUCGGUAUGGUAAAAAACAUAGUCUUGAUUAUCCAUUUCUUGAUUAAAUCAUGAAUGGAAUUCGAACAUAUCGGAACCUAAUCCAAUAAACAUCGGAACCUAAUCCAAUAAACAUCGCAGGCUAGCGAUGACAUCGAGAGUUGAUUAUGGUCUGGAUAAGUUAAUUAAUGUGUAAUUAAUAAUUUAGAUAACAUUUCAGGCCUAAAGAAAGGCCUGCAAUAGGCAGAUUUAGCUCUUGCAUAAUGUAUGUUUAAGAGUGCAAUUUAUUUAUUUUGUGUUUGCGAUUAGGGGGAUGGGGGCAUCAUUCUCAUUGUUGGAUUGUUUCUUAUUGUUUUUCUGAUAUUAUUGCUGAUGUUCUUCUUUAUUCUUAAAAUUGGUCAAAUUUUUAUUAAUUUAUUUUAAGUCGAGAUAAUUCAUUAAAUUGUUUUUAUAUUGUAUAUACCAUAUUAUAUAGUUUCAUAAUUAA